CUCAUUAUCUGUAAAUGGACAUUUGGUGCAGUCCAGUCCAGACCCUCCUCUCUCCAUGAGCAGCAGCAGUGAUCCGCCGGUCACACAGCAGACACAGGUGGCUGACGCUGACAUUAAGUACAGCAUCGCCGGAGUGACGAGGACCAGCACCGGGACAGACGGAGGGUCAUGGAACUCGGCGGACUCAGAUUACCUCCUGCUGGCUACAGAUACCCCUCCCCCUCCCUGUCCAGAAGACCUCCACCCCCCCCACUCGCCCUGUCUCACACCUGCCAACCCGUCUCUUUCUGGUCUGAACCAUCCCACCUCCUCUGAGCUGACCCAUCAGAUAGACAGUCCCCCCUCGGACACCUGUGACCUCAGUCCCAGUCUUGUGGCCUUGGAAGUGGACAGUGAAGACGACGGCACCGAGUCAAAGUCUCCGCUGUCCCCGCUCUCAUCAGAUAUUGAAAGAAGUGAAGACAAACGGGACACUUUUAAUCCCUCCUUUAGCCUUACCUGCACUCGUAGCCAGUCCGCCUCCUCUGCAUGUGAACCCACAUCAAAAGAACUGGGUAAUGAUGGCAUCCGACUGCGCUCCUAUUCUUACUCUUCGCCCAAAAUCAGUCUACGUCCAGCUCGUUUUACCCGAGACAACCACACUUCAGACAUCAGCCCUGAUGCCGUGUUCCACACCGUCAGCUACAGCCGAUCUCUCCUUCAGGCCCUCUCUUUGUCUAAAUCUCUGUCUCUGCUCCACCCUGGUAAGCAGAGAGCCUCCAGUAUUUCAGAACAUUCACAUGAAAAAAGGGAGAUUAGGUUCCGUAAGCGUGCCCAGUCCGCUGAUGAUGAGGGCAGCAUGGAACUGGCUGAGUCCCUCCAACAUCUCACCCUGUCUGAGUUCCUCAAAGAAAUUGAAGAGGAGGAGCUGGAUAAAUACAAUAUCCCAACCAAGGUGGAGUCAGAGAAAUAUAAAGUCUACCGUACUUUCAGUUUUCUCAAGAGCAGAAUGUCCAGCACACGGAAUAAAGCCAAGGGCAAAGGGAAAGACAGAGAGGCUAAGGACCGGCAACUGAAUGGACAUCGGUUUGCCACUGGAUCCUGUUUGGGCCCUAAUAUGUGUGUGGUGUGUGACAAACCAGCAACAGGAAAGGACUUCCUGCACUGCUCUGGUUGCACUGCCAUCGUCCAUAAAGGCUGUAAGGAAUCUGUCCCCCCAUGUUUAAAAAAGCUUCAGGAUAAGUACGCUGUUACCAAGAACAGGACAGCAUCCCUCCCACAGAAUUUCACAGUGAGAGAGAGCCCAACUCCAUCUGUGAUCCCCCCCUCCACCUCUCUACCUGUCAUGACCCCCAAAGAGAAGAAAGACCCUGGUCUACUGGCAUGUCCCCUUUCUGCAAGCAGUGACAGCAGGCUCAGUGAGAGUUCAGAGACUGAAUCUGAUACCUGUAAGGUGACCAGCCAAUCAGAAGAGCUCCUGCCAAUUCCUAUGUCCUCUGCCUCCACGGACUCAUCCUUUGGAGAAGAUUGCGUGGAUGCAUCUAUUUUCAGCGACAUGUCGGCAGAUGCUGUGGAUUAUGAGGCUGAGUCGUGGAGUCUGACAGUAGAGCAUAAGUUUUGCAAGAAACAGGACAAACGAGCUGUCAAAAGGCAGGAUGUAAUCUAUGAGCUGAUGCAGACUGAGUUACACCACCUGCAGACUCUACACAUUAUGGCGGAGGUUUUCCGCCGAGGUAUGAAGGAGGAGGUGCAGCUGGAUGCAGAAGCGGUGGAGCGGGUCUUCCCCUGUCUGGACCAGCUGCUUCUCUUCCAUCAUGGCUUCUUCAGUGCCAUGAGGGAGCGGAGACUGAGCUCUGGGCAGCCCCAGGGACACAGGAACUACCUCAUACAGCGGAUCGGAGACGUCUUGCUCCAACAGUUUUCAGAGGAGAAUGGAAAGAAAAUGAAGCGGGUCUAUGGAGAAUUCUGCAGUCAUCACAAUGAAGCAGUCAGUUUCUUCAAAGAACUUCAGCAACACAACAAAAGAUUUCAGAACUUUAUUAAGCAACAAGGAAAUAAUUACUUAGUUCGCCGGCGGGAAAUCCCAGAGUGCAUCUUGCUGGUAACCCAAAGGAUAACCAAGUAUCCGGUGCUGCUGGAGAGGAUUCUACAGUAUACUCAAAGUGAAACAGAAGAGCACACCGACCUAUCGAAAGCACUUGCUCAAAUUCGAGAGGUGAUAGCAGCAGUAGACCUUCGGGUCAGCGAGUAUGAGCGCCACCAGAGGCUGCAGGAAGUGUUCAACCGCAUAGAGAAUCGCAGUUCAGCCAAGCUGAAGAACGGACACACCUUCCGCAAGCAGGACAUGAUGAGGCCGGGACAAACACUCAAACACCAAGGCGUACUCCUGUGGAAAACCGCCACGGGGCGACUUAAAGAUGUUCUGGCACUCCUUCUUACAGACACCCUCAUCCUCCUACAAGAAAAAGAUCAGAAGUAUACAUUUGCCACUGUGGACCAAAAGCCUCCAGUUAUCGCAUUGCAGAAGUUAAUUGUGCGAGAAGUAGCAAAUGAAGAGAGAGGGAUGUUUUUGAUCAGCGCAUCUGCCGCCGGGCCAGAAAUGUAUGAGGUUCACACGUCUUCCAAAGAUGAACGCAACACCUGGAUGAGGCUCAUUAGAGAGGCUGUGGAGAGCUGUCCAGAGGAAGAAGAAGACUACACAAGUGAAUCAGAAGAGGAGAAACGAGCAGCUGAGGCUCGCAUCCAAAAGAUUCAGAAAUUACAAGAGAGUCUGAUGAGCCAGGACCAGCAGAUUUGCUCCAGCCUGGAGGAGAAGCUGCAGCUCUAUGCAGAGCUGUCUACCAUAAGUGGGAGAACAGACGCUUCACUAGUUGAACCGCGGCUGUUGGUCCAUCCACAGUCAGAGGAGCUGCCUCAGGCCGCUGCGCUGCUGGCUGCAGCUCUGCAAGAGGCUGAAAACCUGAAAGCUGCACUUUCAUCAAAGGCCAGUUCGACAUUCAGCAACAGCUCCGACUCCGACACGGAUUCUGUGUUUCCCAUGAGCCCACUUUCACCUUCAGAGGCCCCUUCAGAUCCAAAGGCCUCACUCCGAGACCCAGAACCCCGUGAACGGAGUUGGACAGAGGCCCUCGCAGAUCAAUCUUUAACGCGCGUACAAAAAACCGACACAAAUGACAUUGACUUGAAGGUUGCUCAAAGUGUCCAAAGCCUGACGCAGUUACUCUACAGUCUGCAGGCUGCAGUGACCCUCCAGGACAGCUGCUAUGAGGUCCAGAGGCUCCUCCUCCAAGAGACAGAGCGCCCUUCUCCACGCGCCCACCGGCUACACUUUCCAAGCCUUCGCGGUAACACCUUACAAGAGCAGGAAAAACAACGUAACUUUGAAAAACGUAAAGAGGAAGUGGCCGCGGCUCAGCGACUCCAGGAUAGAUUACGCCAGGAGAAGGAGCGAUGGGAGAAGGAGUGCCAGGCCAGGGAGAUCCAACAUGAGGAGCAGGAGAGCAGACUGGAGAUGAGGGAGAGGCAGUGCCACCUGGAGGCGGAGAGGUUAAGGCGGGAGAGGGAGGAGCUGGAGGAACAGCUGCAGGAGUACCAGCAGAACCUGGAGAGGCUCAGAGAAGGUCAGAGGAGUGUGGAGAGGGAGCGUGAGCAGCUGGAGACCCAGCAAAAGGUGCUCCGAUGCUGGAAGCACAGCCGGCAGAGGAGCCUGCCCACGGUGAUACCGCACAUGGUCAUCCCUUUGGAUGGGCAGCAGGACCAGUCACUGACUCAGUCCAGAGACCCCGCUGAUAACGGCUCCGUGUUCGUCAACGAGGCAGCGUUUGCCGGCACCAGCAACAACAAGCGGCACAUCCACCACAGAGGAAAUGACCCCACUGCCCACAAUUGCCUGAACACCCUGCUGGCCAGAUCCAACAGCAGACAGCACCCUGUGGCGAAGACUCCCCACCCACACUCAGGCUCCCAGGGGUGGGUGAUGGGGACAGGGUACCUCUACACGCCCACAGGAAGACUCGGACUGCAGCACAAACCCAGUGAUCACAACAGUGAGGACUACAUUGGGGAGACGUGGUCAUCAACAGCCACAGCAGCAGACCCUUAUCCUGCGCUGCCACAUCCCGGUGACCCUCAGCUGGGCCUCAGCGCUCUGGUUUCCUUAGAGACAGAUAGCAGCGGGGAAGAGGGCAGAGAAGAAACCAUUGUAUACCUCUGAAUGUGGGUAACAUGUCUGACUGUACAAUACCAACCCAGCACUUCAAGAAAUGUCAAGUCCAGUUUUAUUUUUACAGCUUCAGAAUCGCAAAUGUGCCUCAAGGGGCUACAUGUCAAAAUGUCACGAUAAGCACUGGGCCCAGUGGGCUACAGAGUGCAUUUCUUUGUAUAAACCUAUUUCUUUUUUUUUUUUUUUUUUUUUUUUUUUUAAGUUGAAAAUUUGUUUUUGUGGUCUUUUUUUUGUCAAAUGGACAGUUACUGGAAACAGAUAAACAAACCGAGGUUGCUCCAGACGCAAUUUAACAGUGUACCAUGUGUCAUGCACCUUAGCUGGAGGCACCGCGGGGUGUUCACGGACUCAUAUUUUCUGUGAACCUAUUUUUUUGUGUGUGUGUGUGUAUUUGUGUGUGCUGUUUAUUGACUUCCAGGUCCCUGCAGCAUCACCUUUUGCUCAUUCUCUUACUGUCUCUCCCUCACUGCCUUCCACUCUCAGGUCCAACAUAUCUCAUCCCAUGGGCACUAUAUUUAUUACAUUUAUCAACAUUUGGAGAGAAGGGGUAAAAACCUGAGGCUGCAUCUCUCCAAAAGGGGUGAUUGUCUUACCAUAGUGUACACUGCCACUCUUUCAUUUAUCAGACUGGCUCUGUUUAUUUACAAUCCACACAUAAUGGAAAGCAUAGAACAUGAGAAUUGAAGGAUGAGGCGCGACAGCAUCAGCUUCAUCUGUGUUUUUUUCCAGACUCGCUGCCUGUGGGUGUCAUUUAUUAGUUUUUAUCAUAACUUUUUUUUUUCCUCAUUUGAAGACAAAAACAGAAGGAUGGGUUUUAAAAAGAUGUUGAAGCUGCGCUACGGUGUCAGGUUUAUCCGAGGAAAAUAAAUACAGCUGUAAAUAGUGUGAAAAAGGAUUGUUUGAGCAGAACUGAUUCAGUACAACCUGAAAUAAUUUUGGCUGCAGGAAAGUAAACACAAACAUACAACUAUUUUAGGCACUUCAGAAAUUUUUUAAACGUCUUUAUUUUUACAUUUUCAUUUUAAUCUGUUAUUUUUUUUGUCUUAAAAUCCCUCCGUUUCUUCAUACAGGUAAAUAUUACCUUUACAAGCACAUACAACAAUAUCAAGUGGCCUUUUUGAUACUGUUGUGCUUAAUGCAAAAUGAUUACACUUGAAUAAUCAUGGAGUGUGUUUGCAUAUUUUCUCUCAUGGGCAUUUUUAUGUGUAAACAGGCUUCAAUGCUUUGUGUCUGAAGUUGCUCUGUUUUUUGUGUUUUUUUUUGUAACAAACAUGAUAAAAGUUAAUUUAGUCUUAUUACUUUUGUAGGUUCCUCAUGGGACAACAAGGCAGUGGCAGUAUUUUGAUGUCAAUGUGGGAUUUUAGAACCAUGAAUACAUGUUUGUGCUUUAAUUUAUUUAUUACAGUGCAAAAGAGUUUUAAUGUUUUACAGUGCUUUGUGAAGGGUUUUAUUGAACAUAGACAUGCGCCUGUAUAAACAGACACAUAGGUGUGUUCUCAUUGUGGGCUUGUGCACAUUCAGACGUGUAUUAAGAGAUUACGUUUAUUGAACUUGAACCAGACCUUUUGGUUUAUUGCGGUUAAAAUAGAUGGGACUACUUGAGGGCGUUGAUACAAUAAAGCAGUAAAGUGGUCGAAACACAAUCACGUCGCUUCAGUUUCAUGUCACCGGUCUGAAUUGUGAAGUAGUAUGUAAACAGAUGUGCAGGAGCGUGGCUGUUCGGUUACCAGCAGUGACAGGUGCUGGACAAGGUGCAUGUGAACGUCAGCUAUUUCCUGUUUGUGCACCUGUAAAAUGCAGACACAUAAUCCACAUCAGUGUCGGAUAAAUCUUAUUUUGACGCCUCCAUCCACCUAAACGGACAAUGUCACCCUUUCAGUGUCUGAGAAUGUAUUACAAGACUUUUAUGGGUCAUAAGAUUCCUCACAAAAAGUUUCUGUCACAUUAAAGCUUAUAAAACGGCCUCGACUUGACUUUUAAAGCUUACCCUGACAGCGCUGUCAUAUUUCAUAAACUUAAAUGCUAUUGA